AUGGCGCUGCUCCUCGGCGCCAACAUCCCGGCCGAGAUCGUCGAGCUCAUCGUGCAGCAGCUGGACCCCAUCAGCCUCAUCUCGCUCUCGCAGACGUCGAGGUCGUGGCGGGCCUUCAUCAACCCCAACCACCACGACUUAGUGCAGCGGCUGCUGGCCCUCGAGCUGACGCCCGAGCACGGCGGCCUGGUGCCCGUCUUUGACGAGGUCAGCCAGACGCUGUCGCCUCCCUGCGAGAGCGACGAGUGGAGGACGGCCCGGUACGCCUGCUGCGGCUGCAUGAAGCUGCUCACCCACAUGAUGUUCGACAACCCGGCCAUCCUGCGCCGCCCCUACCGCAAGCCGCCCCCGGGCAGCGUCGAGGCCCAGAAGGCGGCCGUCACGGACUGGGAGCGGCUCGAGCCCGCCGCCCGGUGGAGGCGCAUCCAGGAGAGGGCCGCCCGCGAGGAGGAGGAGCGCAAGCGGUGGCGCAAGGUGGUCAACCGGCGCCACGAGCCGCCCCCGAACCCGCCCGACCACCACCCCUUCGCCCUGGUGCCCCGGCCCCGCGAUCCCGAUCCCGAGGCCGAGGCCGAGGCGAUGAGACACCUGGUCGGCACCGGCCGCCACAAGCGCAGGUGCAUCGAGUGUCUGUACCGGAACGGAAACAUGUCAUCCCGCGGCGAGUUCCUGCAUGACCCGGCCGGAGGAACGCCGGUCCCGGUGUUCAAGAGCCGGCACCGAAAGUUUCCCUACUUUCUCGAGAGGUUGUACCCGGGCCUGAUCAGCCCUCCGGAUCGGCUCCCGAGAUACUGGAGAGCCCUCCGCAUCACCUCGGACGCCAUACACUACACCCUGUACACCGUCCGUUGCCCGUCCUGCGGGACUUGGCAGGAGUACGCCGCCCUCCGGCAGUUCCUGUGCCACUACUACAUGGGCCGCUUCGGCGCGACCGACGGUCCCGUCCUCUGCGACCACUGCCACCUCGAGACGCACCGGGACCCGGACCGGCUCGCGAAGGAGCUCUAUUCCAGGGUCCGCGAAUGCCUCCGUGACUACCGCGAAACAAUGGAGCACUAUAUCCGGCUCGGCUGGAGGCUGCUCUGCCGCGACUUUUACUCGCACAGAUCCCUGACCGCCAGUCCCUGGCUCGGGAAGCACCGGCACGUGGCCGACAGGAUCCUCGAGGGCCUGCAGAUCGCCGCCAGCUUUGACCUUUCCAUCUCCCAUUUCGACCGCGCCCUCGACGAUCUCCGUCUCCGGUUCGAGCGCUACCGCGACUGGCUGGACACCGAGCUCGACCCGGCAACCAGAUCCGAGCUCAUGACCGGCUGGUUCCGCCCCUGGGUCGAGGACUACGAACUUAUCGACAGCGCCUACCGCUGGGCAAGUGAGCAGAUCGCGUGGCUGGACAGCCAUCCGAGAGCCGUCCUCGACUACGUGCUGGAGAAGGACCCCCACCGGGUUCAGAGCCGCAAAGAAUGA